AUGCCGGCCCCACUGGUCAAAGUCUUGCACCGUCUGCAAGAGCUCUUCCAGAACGUCGUUGCCGCCCUCGAGACCAUGAUCCUCUUCCCCUCACUCUUCCGCGGCUUCAGUCACAAGCGCCGCAAGCCCUUCCUGGGCGCUCACUGGCGCCGUCGGACCCUCGAUGACUUCGCCGGCGAGGUUGAGACGCUAUUCACCACACCCCUGUCGACCGCAAAGAUGAUCGAUAUGUCAGAGAAGAUUCGCGCCCAAUUUCGCCAUUGUUUGCAAGAGAGUCCCUGCAACAUGCUCCCAUCCUACACCCACGCCCUCCCAACCGGCAACGAGAAGGGAACCUACCUGGCCCUCGAUGUGGGAGGAUCGACAUUCCGAGUCGCUUUGAUUGAAUUGUAUGGACAGGAGAAGGAAAUGCGCAUUGUGCGAGUCGCAUCGUCAUAUAUUGAUAAUAGCAAGAAAUUGUUGGAGGGUACUCAGUUCUUUGACUGGAUGGCAAGCGAAAUUGAUAACGUGCUCAAGGACGUGGGAACGGAUUACGGACGCGGCGAAGUCGCCCUACCAAUCGGUCUCUCCUGGUCAUUCCCGAUCGAUCAGACUUCGACUAGCAGCGGCUUGGUGAUUCACAUGGGCAAGGGUUUCCACUGCUCGAACGGCACGGUGGGGCAGGAACUUGGACAACUGUUGAUUGAUUCGUGUCGGACGCGUAACUUGAACGUCGAAAUGGCCGCUAUUGUCAACGACAGCUCCGCUGCUCUACUCUCACGUGCCUUUGUUGACCCCAAGACCCGCAUGUCCUUAAUUUUGGGCACUGGCACCAAUAUGGCCAUUCAUUUCCCUGUGCAUGAGAUUGGACGUAGCAAGUUUGGAGUUCGCCCCGACGGGUGGUUCGAUUACGCAAAGCAUGUCAUUGUCAAUACGGAACUUAGCAUGUUCGGGGGUGGUGUUUUGCCCAUGACUCGCUGGGAUGAUAUCCUGAACCGCACUCACCUUCGUCCUGACUAUCAACCAUUGGAAUACAUGAUUACUGGUCGGUACCUGGGUGAGAUUGUUCGUCUGAUCAUCGUGGAGGCAGUGGAUACUGCAGCCUUGUUCAAGGGCGAGCUUCCACACUCCUUGCGUGAACCCUACUCUCUCGAUACUAGUAUCGUCGCUUUUAUUGAGGAAGAUUCAUCGGUUUCUAUGGCACCUUCCGCUGCCCUCCUACAAAAAGAGCACACCUUCCCGAGCUACCCCUCCGUUGAAGACCUACGUUUCCUCCGUCGUGUCUGCCAAGUUGUCUCCCGCCGCGCCGCCGGAUAUCUAGCCACCGGUAUCCACAGCAUGUGGUGUUUGGGCAACGAAGUGGAAUCCCCCACGACCGCAUCAUCAGCCGAAUCUCUCAAGGAAGCUCCCGAGAUCACCGUCGUUGAAAGUGCUGACUCCGCAAAGAAAGUAUCUAUCGCAUGUGACGGUACCGUCAUCAACAAAUACCCUGGUUUCCGCGACACUUGCCAGGGUUACCUGGAUGCUUUGUCCGAACAAUCCCACCCUGGUUCCGAAUCUGCUAUUAGCUUGGACCCCGCCCCCGAGAGUGCCAUCUUGGGUGCGGCCGUAGCAGUAGCCGUGGCUGUGGCCGAAAAGGCCGAGCAGCGGUAA